GCGACGAGGAGCGGCGCGAGGCGCGAAUCACCCCGAUCGUUCCGGUUCCGAUUUCUGUCGCGUCAGCUGUUCCCCGGCGAGGAGGUAGGCGGGAGACGGGGCUUCCCUCUGAAGGAUCGCGCCCGUCCGCUGACACGCGACAGCGCGCGCGGCCUCGUCCGUCCUCCGACAAUCCGCGGGCAUUCCUCUGGUGCGUGCCCAGGAUGCAGCAGGCGAACGGCAACGGUGCCCCGGCCUCGCCGAGGAAGAAACAGCGAGUGUCGACGGGCGGCGGGCCCAUAUCGAAGGUCACGGUGGUCCUCGGCGCCCAAUGGGGCGACGAGGGCAAGGGGAAGGUCGUGGACAUGCUGGCGAUGGACGCCGACAUCGUUUGCAGGUGUCAGGGAGGAAAUAAUGCAGGGCAUACUGUAGUUGUAGAAGGUGCUGAAUUCGAUUUCCAUCUUCUGCCUAGUGGAAUAAUCAAUCCCAGAUGCAAAUCUGUAAUAGGUAAUGGAGUAGUGAUUCAUCUGCCUGGUCUAUUUGACGAGUUGGAAAAGAACGAGUCUAAAGGGCUCAGGAACUGGGAGGACAGACUUAUAAUAUCAGAUCGAGCGCAUAUAGUGUUUGAUUUUCAUCAACAGGUUGAUGGAUUGCAAGAAUUAGAGAAAGGCACGCAGUCAUUGGGAACUACGAAGAAAGGUAUUGGACCAACGUAUUCGAGCAAAGCCGCGAGAAAUGGACUCAGAAUCGGAGAUCUUCUCGACGACUUUGACAAGUUCUCCCAAAAGUUUAAUACUUUAGUUACGUCGUAUCAAAAAAUGUUUCCUGCCUUGCACGUCGACGUUAAAGCCGAAUUGGAACGUUACAAGGAAUACUCCAAACGUAUAAGGCCGUAUGUGAAAGAAACGGUGCAGUAUUUGCACCAGGCUUUAAAGGAUGGUAAAAAGGCUUUGGUGGAAGGUGCUAACGCGGCAAUGUUAGAUAUUGAUUUCGGAACUUAUCCAUAUGUGACAAGCUCGAACUGCAGCAUUGGUGGGGUAUUGACUGGUCUUGGUCUACCUCCUAGCACAAUUGGCGAGAUAAUCGGUGUUGUAAAAGCUUAUACUACCAGAGUCGGUGACGGACCAUUUCCCACAGAACUUUUAGAUUCCACUGGAGAAUUAUUGCAGGAAAGAGGCCAUGAAAUCGGCGUAACCACCAAGCGAAAGAGACGGUGUGGAUGGCUCGAUUUGACGUUGCUGAAAUUUACGACGUUAGUUAAUGGAUAUACAUCUAUAUGCUUAACAAAACUCGAUAUCUUGGAUACAUUACCAGAGAUAAAAGUGUGCAUUGGAUAUCGAUUAAAUGGAAAGAACAUAGAUUAUUUUCCAAGCAGUGUUAGUGAACUAGCAAAGGUUGAAGUUGUAUAUAAGACGGUCGAGGGUUGGCAAUCGACUACCGAAGGUGUACGUUCCUUAGAUAAAUUGCCACCGAAUGCACAUAAAUACAUACAAAUCAUAGAGGAAUAUUUAGAUGUACCAGUCAAAUGGAUUGGUGUAGGAGCAGGUCGAGAAAGUGUAAUUGCCCUCUGACGAUGCACAGUCCGCAAAAUGUUACUUAAACACACGGCAUUAAAUGUAUUAUUAAUUUUAAUUUUAUCUGUAAUAUUUGCAAUGCAAAGCUGAUGAGCGCACAGGCGAAAUGUACUUU